AUGUCACACCUUACAUGCAUGUUUUUGCAAAACAUAUACCUCAGUUUUUACGACAAUUAAAAGAAAAGAAUCUUUCUUUACAAAUUUUUUCUACUUCAAGUAUAGAAAAAAAAAAUCACAAUCAGGUUCGUCUAUUCUUUGGAGGUACAACUAUGGAUGGAGGAACUGAUGGAAAAUCAGUAAAAUAUUGA